AAACGUAAAAUGAAAAUAAUUGUAAUCUGUAGUGCUACCGGACUUAAAUCUACCACAGAAUAGAAUAAUAUAGAUAGAACCACAGACUAUAUUUAGAUAGAACGGCGCUAGUGUGUGCUGCAAUGUUAUAACAUGUUAUAAUCGACGAUUUAACUAUUGAAGAUAUGUGGUGGUGCUACUGUGCUAUAAUAGUAUGCUACUAUCAUCGCAACUGUUAACAGUGUUGUUGUAAUCGAGUGCUUUUAUUGGAUAACACUAUCAAGUGACAAGUUCGGCCUUUGAACUUGAACGGAACCGAAAAACCGUGAAAGUGUGGAAGUGAAACCAAAUGAUUUACAGCAAUUGGCAAUAUAUCGUAUGGAAGUCGAGUGUCAAAUACUCACCCCACGAUACCGGACGUGUCUACCUGGCAUGAAUUAAGAUAAAUUACCCUUUUCGAAUGCUCGUCUGUCUAGUGACGACGACUACAACUACUUACAGGGUACUACGUACACAAAGGUCUAGUGUCUACGACGUGGUCGAGGGCUAAAAAAGCACUGAGUGUGGUGUCGUUCGCAGACCACUAAAAUGGCUCGCCACAGGAACAUACGGACGACGCAAUAUUCCGAUGAUGAAUAUUAUGAUGAUGAUGAUGAUUAUUCAAAUUCAUUUGAAGAUGACUGUAUUUCUCCAAGUGAUGCAAUUUAUUUAAUUAAUCACAAAUCCAAGUUUGAUUCGGACCAAGACUUAACUGAUGCCAAAGUAAAUUCAUGUUUACAAAGAGUAACAGAAGUUUUGGGCUUUGAACUUGCCAAAGAUGUUAUAGCAGGGCAUUUGAUUAAUAAUGAAUUUAACAUUGAUAAAACAGUUGAUCAAAUAAUAAAUUCAAAAAUUGGUGCUACAAAAGUAAAGGAUCAGCAACCUGCUGAGAGCAGAUUAAGUAGGCCUCCUACUGUUGUUAUUGCUUCUUCAUCAAAAAAUAAAGACAACAUUAUUGUUGGUUUUGGAAAUGCAUCUAUUUCAGGUUCAAAAAAUAAGAACUUAAUUGCAACACCUAAACAAACACCUUUUAGCACACCCAUAUGCUCACCGGCAGCAACACCUCGCAAUCGAUCUCCUCAAAAUGCUCGUUUAGGAUCACCACGUUUAGAUCGUAAAUUCAAUUCGCCCAAGAGCAACAAAGUAAGGGACGAUCAAGGAUUAUCAACUUCUAUUCACAAGGAUCAACUUUAUUUAAUUAUAAUUGGUCAUGUCGAUGCAGGAAAAAGCACUUUAAUGGGACAUUUACUAUAUAAAUUAGGACAUGUGCAGCAGCGAACUAUACAAAAGUAUGAGCAUGAAAGUAGAAAGUUAGGUAAACAGAGUUUUGUCUAUGCUUGGGUAUUAGACGAAACUGCUGAAGAAAGAAACCGUGGUAUUACAAUGGACGUAGGUCAUUUGAAGUUUGAAACAAAAACUAAAGAUGUUACUUUGCUGGAUGCACCCGGACAUAAAGAUUUUAUACCAAAUAUGAUUACAGGGGCUUCUCAGGCUGAUGCAACUAUGUUAGUUGUAGAUGCAACUAAAGGAGAAUUUGAAACUGGAUUUGACAGUGGAGGGCAGACACGAGAGCAUGCCCUCUUAAUACGGUCUCUAGGAAUUACUCAACUCGGAGUUGCUGUGAAUAAAAUGGAUACUGUCAACUGGUCUGAAGAACGAUUUGGGGAGAUUAAAACAAAACUUGGACUUUUUUUGAAACAAGCUGGUUACAAAGAAUCUGAUGUUACAUUUGUACCAUGCUCUGGAUUAAGCGGUGAAAAUCUGGCUACAAAAGCAAAUGAAUCAUUACUAACCUGUUGGUAUAAUGGUCCUUGUCUAAUGGAUGUUAUUGAUUCAUUUAAACCACCGGAGCGGGCAAUUUCUAAACCAUUAAGGUUAUGUAUAAGUGAUGUUUUUAAAAGUUCAGGAUCAGGAUUUUCAAUUGUCGGACGAGUUGAAACAGGACAGCUUAGAGUCGGUGAUAAGGUUUUGGUACAACCACAAGGAGAAGUUGCCCAAAUUAAAAGUAUUGAAAUAGAUGAAUUGCCACAGCCAAUUGGAUUAGCUGGUGACUUUAUCAGUGUUUCGCUUACUGGUUAUGAUGCACAAAAUAUUUACUCCGGUUGCGUGUUAUGUGAUAUUUUGCUUCCAAUACCAGUAACAUCAGUAUUAGAAGCACGAGUGGUUGUAUUUAAUGUGGAUUUCCCUAUUGUUCGUGGGCAUCAAGUUGUAUUGCACUAUCAAAGUUCGUCAGAAUCAGCAGUUGUCAGUAGACUUUUAGCAGAACUAAAUAAAAGUACUGGUGAAGUCAUCAAGAAAAAUCCUCGAAUGAUAAAAAAAAAUACUCAUGCUCUUAUCAAAAUAAAUCUAUCAAGGCCAAUUUGUGUAGAGGUAUAUUCAGACAUCAGACAAUUGGGUAGAGUGAUGUUACGGUCUGCUGGUACUACUAUAGCAGCUGGUCUUGUUACUAAAGUCAAUUUUAAUAAAUAAAUAAAAAUAUAUUUUUUGGGAAA